UAGGGCCACGCUUUCCGAGGCACGUGAAUGUGCCGUUGCAACGGUCGCCACCGAUACACAGCAUGGGGAACUUGUGGACAAAAUUAAUCAACUGACUAUCCUCCGGAAGAACAACGCGACGCUGCGUGCGGAUGCCGAAUCUCAAGGGAAACGCGCUCGGGCGCUGGACUCCAAGCUCACGACCUUGUGCGGCUCGACGCCGCAAACGGUUUCAUCGUGCGCAAGCAGAGCCGGAAGUGGUCGAAUCGCGCGCGGCUGCGGAUGGUGCGCGGGGAGGGCUCGGUGUCGUCACCCUAGGGCCUCGACGACCCCGGCGAGAGGCCAGACAGGGGCUUGGACGAGCUAUAAGGAGAUCGGUGUGCUCAAGGACCGUGCGGCUAAG